AUGGAGCACAUCAAUGUGAACGGAACUAUUCUUCCUCAUCAUGUCGUUAAUAUUACAGGUGAUGGUGCAUGUCUUUUCCGAUCUCUUUCGUUUUUAUUGUAUAAUAGUGAAGCUAUGUUUAAUGAAAUUCGUGCUACCAUAGUUAAUUACGUUUAUAAUCAUUGGGAUCAAUUUUCUAUUAUGUCAUGUGAUAAACACGGUAAUAAUUAUGAAAGCUCCGAAGAUUACUUAGUGGAUAUGUCGCAGGUUCAUGUUUUUGGUGGAUUCUGUGAAUUAUUCGCUGCUGGAGACAUUUUUCAGUUCUUAUUUGAAGUUUAUUUUGAAGGCAAAUUUUAUGCAAAAUUUGGAAAUGACACUUUUCCAGUGAGAAGACUGAAAUUUAGUGGUGAUCUUUCAAAUGGACACUUUGAUGUUUACAUACCGGUAAAUGAAGCCAGUAUAGUCUCUGAAAGUAGCACAGAAUCACUCCAUAAUACCACUGAUUUUGAAAACACUAAGGAAAAAAGGAAAAAAAGACGAGCCAGAUUUUCAAAUGCUACACAUAAAAAGCAGUUGAAAACUGCGGUCAAAAAAUAUCAACAAAGUCACCCAGAAACUUUAGCUGCUGCUAAAUAUCAAACAAGUCAACCAGAAGCUGUAGCUGCUGCUGUGAAGAAAUAUCAAACAAGCCACCCAGAAGCUGUAGCUGCUGCUGUCAAGAAAUAUCAAACAAGCCAUCCAGAAGCUGUAGCUGCUGCUGUCAAGAAAUAUCAAACAAGCCACCCAGAAGCUUUAUCUGCUGCUGUCAAGAAAUAUCAAACAAAAGCUCAGAGAUCUGCUCAAAAAAAUUAUGAGAAACAAAAUCCUGGUUUACGAACUGAACGCCGUUUACGUCCAUGGAACACGAAAACCUACUCAGGUUUUGCAUAUGAUUGUAAUACAGAAUAUGAAAAUGAUAUUGGUACUAUGGACAAUAAAUGCCCAGUGUGCCAUGCAAAAAAGUUCAAACGUGAAAGCCCAGGUUUGUGCUGCAGCGGGGGUAAAGUACAGCUUCCACCACUACCACCUCCACCAGAACCACUGUAUAGUUUGCUCAUGGGCCAUCAUCCAGAUCACCGCCAUUUUAUUGAUCGUAUUCGGCAAUACAACGGAUGUUUUCAAAUGACAUCGUUUGGAGCCAAGCAAAUUAAGGAGACUGGUUUCAUGCCAACAUUCAAAGUUCAAGGACAAGUUUACCAUUUGUGUGGAAGUUUGCUCCCAGAAACAGAGCAACAGGCUCAAUUCUUACAGAUAUAUUUCGUAGGUGAUGAUGAAAAAGAAGCUCACAUAAGGUCACACAACUAUCCUGGUGUCAAGCCAGACUUGGUAAAGCAACUUCAACAUAUGCUGCAUGAAGUAAAUAAUUACAUCAAGGAUUUAAAAACUGCGUUAGAUAAGGUGCCACUUGAGUGUCGAAAUUUUCAAGUAAUGAUUCAUGCAGAUCGUAUGCCUGCCAAUGCACAUAAAGGACGUUUCAAUGCACCAUCAGCCAACGAGGUGGCUCUGGUGAUUGUAGGACAGCAGUUUCAGCAGAGAGACAUCAUCCUUGAAAGCCGCAAUGCAAAACAGCAACGAAUAAGCGAACUCCAUAGGGCAUAUGAUGCUCUGCAAUAUCCUCUCAUGUUUUGCUAUGGGGAAGAUGGAUAUUCAGUUGAUGUACUUCAGCAAGAUACUGCUGAUAAGUUGGGGCCUACUACUAAAUUACCUGUCAAGAAAACUGUUUCUGCAGCUCAGUUUUAUUCCUGGCGUAUAAUGUUACGAGAUACAGAAGAAAAUUAUCUGUUACGCUACUGUGCUCUUCUAAGUCAAUUUUUAGUUGAUGAGUAUGCUAAGAUAGAAACUGAAAAACUGAAUUUUCUCAAAUACAAUCAAAGCAAACUGAGAUCAGAGGAAUACAUUCAUUUAAGAGAUGAAGUAGGAAGGUAUGAUGCUGAUCAAAUAGGACAGAGAGUGGUAUUACCAUCAUCGUUUAUCGGUGGACCCCGUUACAUGCACGAACGAGCUCAAGAUGCCAUGUCAUAUGUACGUCAUUAUGGAAGUUCAGAUUUAUUUAUAACUUUCACGUGUAACCCAAAAUGGAAAGAGAUUCAGCGAGAAUUGUAUCCCGGACAGAAGCAUUAUCAACGUCAUGACAUCAUUGCGAGAGUUUUCCAUAUGAAAGUGAAGGAGUUUAUGGAUCUUAUAGUUAAAGGACAAGUUUUUGGUAAAGUUCGGUGUCACAUGUUAUCUGUAGAGUGGCAAAAACGAGGGUUGCCCCAUAUUCAUUGCCUGCUGUGGCUGGAAGAAGCCAUUACUGCUGAUAUGGUUGAUAAAGUUGUGUGUGCUGAAAUUCCAGAUGUUGAUCGUGAUCCCCUUCUCUAUGAUAUUGUUAAGGCUAAUAUGAUUCAUGGGCCAUGCGGAAGAGUAAAUACAUUUUCUCCUUGCAUGAAAGAUGGUUGCUGCACAAAACGAUAUCCUCGCCCUUUCGUCCAAGAAACGCAGAGGGGACUAGAUGGUUAUCCUUUGUAUCGUAGGAGAACUCCAGAGGACGGUGGUUUCACAGUUAAUCUUAAAGGAUUUCAGUUAGAUAACAGAUGGGUUGUACCAUACAAUCCCGUUUUGUUGCGUACUUUUGAAUCUCAUAUCAAUGUUGAGAUAACGAAUUCCGUAAAAUCCAUAAAGUAUGUUUGCAAAUACAUCACUAAAGGAAAUGAUCAAGCAGCCUUCAUUUUAAAGAAUGAUAAAGAUAUUGAUGAGAUAGAGAUAUACGAAUCUGGUAGAUAUAUCAGCAGUUCAGAAGCAGUGUGGAAAAUAUUGGGAUUUCCUAUUCAUGAGAGAUACCCUGCAGUAAUUCAUCUUGCUGUGCAUCUGGAAAAUGGCCAACGUGUUUACUUCACCGCACAAAAUAUUCAUAACAAAGUUGUAAAACCUCCAGAGACAACACUUUCGGCAUUCUUCAACCUUUGCAAAAUUGAUGAGUUUGCCAGAACACUUCUGUAUGUUGAAGUUCCUUCGUAUUAUGUGUGGCAACAGAAUAAAAAGUUUACAAGACGUAGGCGGGGAGAGAAAAUUGAUCAAUGGCCAGGGAUAAAGAAAGAUUCUGCUUUAGGACGCGUUUACACAAUUCAUCCUAACAAUGUUGAGUGUUACCACCUACGCCUCCUCCUCCAUCAUGUUAGAGGUCCAACAUCUUUUUCUUAUUUAAAAACUGUAAGCAAUGUUGAAUACCCUACAUUCAAAGCUGCAUGCAUGGCAAUGGGAUUGCUCGAGGAUGAUAAACAGUGGCAAUACACUAUUGAGGAAGCUAUUUUAAGCAGCUCAUCAUUCAAACUGCGAGAACUUUUUUCAGUGAUCUUGGUAUUUUGUCAUCCCUCUGAUCCACGAAGCCUUUGGGAAAAGUACAAGGACAGUUUUUCAGAAGACAUCCAGUUUCAGCAUGAAAGACAACUGCAAGACUCCGCUCUUUCAACUAAGGACAAAGCGUACAACCAAUGCUUGAUUCUGAUUGAAGACACUGUUCAGACUCUGGGAGGUCAGCGCUUAAUGGAUUAUGGUUUACCUCAGCCUGAGCGAUUUGAGACUAAUUUGCAAAACAGAGAGUACAUGCGAGAAACACAUUUUGAUCUUGAAGAUUUGAAGAAAAAAGUACAUAAUGCUGAAGCCUCUCUAACAGGCGAACAGUCCAGCGUCAGAAGCAAUAAAGGCAUUGCCUUGGCAACUGCAUCAUCUGGAAUAGCUGCAACGUUAUUGGAGGGUGGAAAGACAGCUCAUUCUGCUUUUAGAUUACCCCUUAACCUCAAUUACUCAGAGAAUCCAACGUGCAAUAUUAAAAAACAGAGUAAUUUGGCUAAGGUUUUACGUGAUUGUAAACUCAUUAUCUGGGAUGAGAGUACUAUGGCUCAUAAAGCAGGAUUCGAGGCUCUUAAUGCAACUCUCAAAGAUCUAAGAAAUUCUGAGGAAGUAAUGGGUGGAGUAACUGUUCUACUAGCAGGAGAUUUUCGGCAAACGUUACCGGUUGUACCUAGAGGAACACGUGCAAAUGAAGUUAACGCAUGCAUCAAAUCGUCUUAUCUAUGGCCUAAAGUGCAGAAACUUCGUUUGAGUAAGAAUAUGAGAGUUCAUUUACAUGGAGAUGCGUCAGCGGAAUUGUUUUCUAAUCUUCUCCUUAAAAUAGGAGACGGAUUAUAUCCUGAAUGUGCUGGCAAAAAUUAUUGUACCCCACGCACUCGCUACGAUAGUAACGGAAUUGCCAGAUCUCAUCGCCAAGAUUUAUCCUGA